AUGCGUCCAUCAUCAAUAAGGACAGCAUCAAUAGCUGCUUUGAUUCCGAGAUCGCAGCCGUCGCGUGGAAGGUUGGCAACCUCUGCAAUUCGAUCGAUAUCAUCGUCGACCUCACGAUGCGCCACUGCUCUCCCCAUCACGGCCACCGGACCUCCUCCGAGCGCCCCUGUCCCAACAUCCCCACAGUAUGGAGAUCGCGUUGAAGAGCGACGGCGGAAAGCAGAAAUGCUCAAGCAAGGGAAAGAGCUGCGCGCGGCAAGUCAACCGGGAAGCAAAUCCAAGCCUCUGCAGAAAAGAUUCUGGAAAGAUGUGCACGUCACAGAAGCUCCAGAGGGCUAUCAAAUUCUUCUAGACAAGAGACCGGUCAGAACACCCUCAAAGUCAAUUCUCACCAUCCCUCGAUCGAAGCCACACCUUGCACAUGCGAUCGCCAUUGAAUGGGACAUGCUCGAGUCGGCACAACAAGCAUUGAAGAAUCAUAACAUCCCUAUGACCUCAAUAGCUGCGCGGGCGCAAGACAUCCUCGAGGCAGAGGCGAGGGGCGACGCUACGGUGCGAAAUGAAAUCACCACAACUAUGUUACGGUACCUGGACACGGACACAUUACUGUGCUGGGCACCCGAAACAAAGUCAACAUCACCUUUGGAAAUGCAGACCGGGCGACCAGAGUCAUUAAGACAGGUCCAGAUAAAGACGGCGAAGCCGAUCAUAAGCUUCUUGAGUACUUCAGUCUGGCCCGGUGUCGACAUCAAGCCCGUGUUGGAUGAAAACAGCAUCAUGCCCACCAAGCAGGAUGAGUCCACGAGGAAUGUGAUCAAGGGUUGGAUCGCCGGGCUCCCUGCAUACGAGCUGGCGGCUCUGGAACGGGCGGUACUGGCAGGAAAGAGCCUCCUAAUCGGGGCUCGAUUGUUGAUCGAAUGGAGCGAAGAGUUUCGGGACAUGCAGCGGGACAGCGGCGAGCCGCGGUUUGGCAUUCACGAAGCCGCCGAAGCCUCAAAUCUGGAGGUGAGAUGGCAGACAGACAUGUGGGGGGAGGUGGAGGAUACGCAUGAUGUGAACAACGAGGAUAUCAGACGGCAGCUUGGAAGUGCAGUCCUGCUCGUGACGGGCAGCCGGUAG